AUGGCUAAGACCACACACGAGGAGCGUCCUCAUCACCACGAAGCCCCUCGCUCUCAAGCCCCCAGCCGACGCAACUCAACAGUGCCAGGCGUCCUCCCAUACUCUGAGCAUGGUCCAGUUAUCGAUCAUAAGAUCCCUCAAGCUGAGGCUGUGCAACAACAACCAGACCUCGCAUGGAGUCGUAUCCGCCAUUAUAUGAGAGAACCCUUUUCCGAGUUCUUCGGAGUUUUCAUCCUGAUCCUUUUUGGUGACGGUGUCGUGGCACAAGUCGUGCUCAGUGAUAACACCAAGGGUGACUAUCAAUCAAUUUCUUGGGGCUGGGGUCUCGGUGUCAUGCUUGGUGUCUACUCUAGCGGUAUCUCCGGUGCUCAUUUGAACCCGGCUGUCACUUUCGCCAACUGCGUUUUCCGCAAGUUUCCCUGGAGAAAAUUCCCCACGUACAUGCUCGCCCAGGUUCUUGGUGCCAUGACUGCAUCUGCUGUUGUUUACGCCAACUACAAAUCCGCCAUUGAUGUUUACGAGGGCGGCGCCAACAUUCGAACCGUUGGUGGAACCACUUCCACAGCAGGCAUUUUCUGCACAUACCCUGCAGACUUUAUGACCAAGACCGGUCAAUUCUUCUCCGAAUUCAUUGCCAGCACACUCUUGAUGUUCUUGAUCUACGCUAUCAAAGAUGACGGAAACAUUGGAGCUGGCCCUUUGACUCCUCUCUGUCUUUUCUUCAUCAUUUUCGGUAUUGGUGCUUGCUUCGGCUGGGAAACCGGAUAUGCUAUCAACCUUGCUCGUGACUUCGGUCCCCGCCUGGUUUCGUACAUGAUCGGCUAUGGCCACGAAGUCUGGAGCUAUGGUGGCUAUUAUUUCUGGGUCCCCAUGGUUUCACCAUUCUGCGGCUGCCUUUUCGGAGGCUGGAUGUAUGACACUUUCCUGUUCACUGGAGAGUCGCCAAUCAACACCCCUUGGAUGGGGCUGAAGCGAUUCACUCAGCCAAAACGAUCAGUCUGGUCGAACACCUACAACCUUGAUGAUCUUGAGCAUGAGAGCCAGGUUUAA